CCCAAUUUGGACCAGGAGAGCUCGCCUAGUUCCAUGAUAUGUCUGUCAGAUGCCACCCUUGAAUUCUCACCAUCAGCGGGGAAACCAAGUCAAAGCCUUAGCCUAUAUGACCAGCCUCCUCUAAUCGACCCCAGAUAUUUAGUGAUCCUAAGGACUGUAUUAGCAUUCAUGGGCACCACAUGAGAUAAAAAAAUAAACCCAGGUGCAGAGUUUAUACUGGUUUCAAUAUGCCUUGGAAAUAUGGAUUAUUUGUUCUUACACUAUUCGUCUUCACUCUCCAAGCCACAGGAAUUAAAGAGAGGAAUAAUCGGGGCUCUUGGCAGAGUGGAGUUAUCGGGACAGAAACAGAAGCCAUCAAUUCUAUGCACUUGGUUGAACUUUUGAGAACGACCAAACAAAACUCUAAUGUCCGAACGAUAUUUGACCUAGAAAAGCAUCGUACAAAGAGGUCAGCGGUCUUUCACUCUGGAGUGAGAGUCUGUCCUCAGGAGACCAUCAAUGAGGUCAUCGCCAGCCAUCAAGCCUACUACAAGCUCAGAGUUUGUCAGGAGGCUGUGUGGGAGGCCUUCCGGAUCUUCUUUGACCGGAUCCCUGGAUCUACAGAAUAUACAACCUGGGUUCACACAUGUCAACAUGAGUCUCUGUGCCUCUCUGACCUGGCCAGUAACUUCAGCAACUCAGAGGAGCACAUGAGUAUGGUGUACAGGAGGAUGAACCUGGGAGAUGAGAGGCAGCCGACUGGAAUGGUAGCAGCCACAACCACAGCAGCACCGGAGGUUGCUGAUAUAACAGGUUCAGAGGAGGCCCAGACUGCAACACCAGAACCACCUGCUCUUGUAACCGGCGUUGCCAGCGUCCCUGAUGCUCCCGAGGUUACAGUUGAAGUAGAAACUGUGGAGGAGGAGGACUCUGAGCUGCCCAAUGUUGUCCCAGAGCAGCCUGUGGAGGCGAUAGUGGAGUUCAGCAUUGACCUCGUGGACCCAGGCUACAAGGAACUACUGGACGACCCUGACUCCCCCCAAUAUGUUGACCUCUCUCAUUACCUGCAAGACCAGAUGCUCAAUGUUUUUGACAGACUCCCAGGAUUUAAAGAUAUCAAUGUUUUGGGAAUCAGCGAGACCCAGGAGAGUGACGGACCUGGAGCAGUGACAGUGCACUAUUCCCUGGUCUUUGAGACCAUUUCAACAGAAGUUUCAGAGGAUGACACAGGGACUCCAGUGUCAGCUGUGCCCAGCCUGCGGGAAAGGGUGGCCAACGCUUUGAGUGAAGAGGCCUCUCUACCAGUGGAUCUACAGUCAUUAAACUUUGAACCAGUAAAAGUGAUUCCAUUAACUACAGCACUUAUUGAGGAAGCUGUUGAGGAAGUGAUUGAGUAUUCCAGUACGCCAUCAAUCCACAACGACCUGGAAAUAGCCAUAGAUGAGCCAGAGAUUUCUGGGGAGAAGCCUCGUCUGGAUGUUCCACUCAGCCCUGUGGAAAAGAAAAAUGCUCUCGUCACCCUCCUGGACUCUACAGACAUUCCAGAUGAAGAAGUAGAAGAAGAAAAAGCCCCACCAGAGAGGGGUGAUGUGCCUUACAUCUACGAAGACGUUGAUGAGAGUGAGUUUGAAGCAACAGCUGAACCAGAGGAAGAGGUGCCAUUUAUCACACACAUGAUUGAAACCAUCCAUGCCAUUGAUGAGGGAACUGGUGAGCUUGUGAGAGACUAUUUCCCAACCCCUCCUGCUGAGGACUCUGCUGCUGAGCCCAGCGUUCCAGAGGAAUACCCUGAGCCACCUUUUGGCAAUUUAGUUCCUACUAAUGGGUACCCUGUCUUACCCCCUGAGGAUUUGGAUAUUACCUCCGUUCCUGAAAUAGAAAGUAUAGAAACUGAUGCUCCAGCUGAACUCCCUCCUAACUUGAUAUCAGAGGAGAAGGCUGUUGUUGAGGAGGAGGCAGAGCAUACUCCAACCCCUCAGAUUCUGCUCACCACAGCCACUUGUGAAGAGCUGUCUGACCCUGGAUUACCUGUAACGACUCUCUCAGCCAUCACAGAUCAGCCUACUACUGAAGCAAUAGAGGACCUUGAAGUAGAGGAGAAUCUUAUUCUGAUUGAAGAGGAAGAGGUUGAGGAACCAGAACCUGAGGAAGAGGUAGUUGAGCUAUCGGAACCUGAAGAAGAGGUAGUUGAGCUAUCGGGACCUGAGGAAGGGGUAGUUGAAGUUUCGGAAUCUGAGAAAGGGGUAGUUGAAGUUUCGGAACCUGAGAAAGGGGUAGUUGAGGUCUCGGAACAUGAGGAAGAGGUAGUUGAGCUAUCGGGACCUGAGGAAGGGGUAGUUGAGGUCUUAGAACCUGAGGAAGAGGUAGUUGAGCUAUCGGGACCUGAGGAAGAGGUAGUUGAGCUAUCGGGACCUGAGGAAGGGGUAGUUGAAGUUUCGGAACCUGAGAAAGGGGUAGUUGAAGUCUUGGAACCUGAGGAAGAGGUAGUUGAGCUAUCGGGACCUGAGGAAGAGGUAGUUGAGCUAUCGGGACCUGAGGAAGGGGUAGUUGAGGUUUCGGAACCUGAGGAAGGGGUAGUUGAGGUCUUGGAACCUGAGGAAGAGGUAGUUGAGCUAUCGGGACCUGAGGAAGGGGUAGUUGAAGUUUCGGAAUCUGAGAAAGGGGUAGUUGAAGUUUCAGAACCUGAGAAAGGGGUAGUUGAGGUCUCGGAACAUGAGGAAGAGGUAGUUGAGCUAUCGGGACCUGAGGAAGGGGUAGUUGAGGUCUUGGAACCUGAGGAAGAGGUAGUUGAGCUAUCGGGACCUGAGGAAGAGGUAGUUGAAGUUUCGGAAUCUGAGAAAGGGGUAGUUGAAGUUUCGGAACCUGAGAAAGGGGUAGUUGAGGUCUCGGAACAUGAGGAAGAGGUAGUUGAGCUAUCGGGACCUGAGGAAGGGGUAGUUGAGGUCUUGGAACCUGAGGAAGAGGUAGUUGAGCUAUCGGGACCUGAGGAAGAGGUAGUUGAGCUAUCGGGACCUGAGGAAGGGGUAGUUGAAGUUUCGGAAUCUGAGAAAGGGGUAGUUGAAGUUUCGGAACCUGAGAAAGGGGUAGUUGAGGUCUUGGAACAUGAGGAAGAGGUAGUUGAGCUAUCGGGACCUGAGGAAGGGGUAGUUGAGGUCUUGGAACCUGAGGAAGAGGUAGUUGAGCUAUCGGGACCUGAGGAAGAGGUAGUUGAGCUAUCGGGGUCUGAGGAAGGGGUAGUUGAAGUUUCGGAACCUGAGAAAGGGGUAGUUGAAGUCUUGGAACCUGAGGAAGAGGUAGUUGAGCUAUCGGGACCUGAGGAAGAGGUAGUUGAGCUAUCGGGACCUGAGGAAGGGGUAGUUGAGUUAUCAGGACCUGAGGAAGGGGUAGUUGAGGUUUCGGAACCUGAGGAAGGGGUAGUUGAGGUCUUGGAACCUGAGGAAGAGGUAGUUGAGCUAUCGGGACCUGAGGAAGAGGUAGUUGAGCUAUCGGGACCUGAGGAAGGGGUAGUUGAAGUUUCGGAACCUGAGAAAGGGGUAGUUGAAGUCUCGGAACCUGAGGAAGAGGUAGUUGAGCUAUCGGGACCUGAGGAAGAGGUAGUUGAGCUAUCGGGACCUGAGGAAGGGGUAGUUGAGCUAUCGGGACCUGAGGAAGGUGUAGUUGAAGUUUCGGAACCUGAGGAAGGGGUAUUUGAGGUCUCGGAACCUGAGGAAGGGAUAGUUGAGGUCUCGGAACCUGAGGAAGGGGUAGUUGAGGUCUCGGAACCUGAGGAAGGGGUAGUUGAGGUCUCGGAACCAGAGAAAGGGGUAGUUGAGGAACCGGAACCUGAGGAAGAGGUAGUUGAUGUACCAGAACCUGAAGAAGCGGUAGUUGAGGAACCAGAACCCGAGGAAGGGGUAGUUGAGGAACCGGAACAUGACGAAGAGGUAUUUGAAGAACCAGAACCUGAGGACGAUGUUAAUGAACCACCAGCAGAAGAAAUUAAAAUCAUCCAAACUCUGGAAUCUGUAGAGGAUACUCUCUUUGGAGAGGAAACGUAUCCUGUUGAAGAGGACAAUAUUGUGCCAAUAGAAGACCAGUCAUCUGAGGAGGACAUGGAGGAACUAUUGCCUGAAUACCUUGGAUAUGAGGACAUCUACCCUGAUGAAGUUGUUGAUACUGUGGACCAAUCAGAUCAUUCACCAGAGGUCAGUGAAGUGGAAGAGGCUGCAUUGCCAGAGGUCAGUGAAGUGGAAUUGGCUCCAUUGCCAGAGGACAGUGAAGUGGAAUUGGCUCCAUUGCCAGGGGACAGUACAGUGGAGAUAGCAAUGACAGCAGAACCAAUCCCAGACUCUUCACCAACACCACCUGCAGAAUCUGGCACUGUGCCUGAGGUAGAUGAAACAGAGUCAGCUUCAGAGGUACAACCUACGGAGGAGGAUGCCGAGGAGCCUGAGGUAGUUGUUAUCGAUGAAGAGGAGGCUGAAGAGGAGGUCAUAGAUGUCUCGGAACCUGAGGAUGAGAGCGUGCAAGACCUUGCAGACAAUUUUGACCAAAUGGACCUGGUGAGCACAGAGGCCAUUGACCUUCCAGAUGCCAGUGGAUACCCAUUGGCUCCCGAGGAGCACCCCUUUGAGACCACAGCAUCUCCACCACUGAGAUACCUGACCACGCCCUCCAUGACCACGGCCAGUAAAGGAAGGGAGCUGGUAGUGUUCUUCAGUCUACGGGUCACCAACAUGAGGUUCUCAGAUGAUCUCUUCAACAAGAGCUCUUCAGAAUACCGAUCCCUGGAGAACACCUUUGUGGAGCUGCUGCUGCCUUACCUGCAGUCCAAUCUAACGGGAUUCAAGAAGCUGGAGAUCCUCAACUUCAGGAACGGCAGCGUUGUGGUCAACAGCAAGAUGAAGUUCUCCAAGUCAGUUCCAUACAACGUGACCCAGGCCGUCCAAUGUGUCCUAGAAGACUUCUGCAAUGCUGCUGCCAUAAGCCUCAACAUUGAGAUUGACAGUCACUCUCUAGACAUAGAGCCGGCUGAUCAAGCAGAUCCCUGUAAGUUCUUGGCGUGCAACGACUUCUCUCGCUGUGUGGUGAACCGCUGGUCUCGGGAGGCCGAGUGUCUGUGUGACCCAGGCUACAUUACGUUGGACGGUUUACCCUGUCAGAGUAUCUGUGUCCUGCAGCCUGACUACUGCCAAAACAGGGGUCAGUGUGAGAUAGUGCCUGGGCAUGGAGCCACUUGCAGAUGUCCUGUAGGUAAUGUCUGGCACUUUAACGGGGAGCGCUGCACUGAGCUGGUGGCCGUGCCAGUAGACCCCCUCCUUUUCAUAAGCUGCUUUGUGGGCUUCCUGUCCUUUGUUUAUGCCGUGAUAGCUCUCAUGAUAUUCAUGUACACACAAUGUAGACGGACCAGAGAGACAGUGACUUUGGCAUACCCAGACAAGUAUACAAGUCUUCCCGGCAUGACAAGUUAAUAAAAUAGAGGGUUGAAUUACAUCAACACUAUGUACUGGGACAUGGCGACGGCAGAAGACAGCCUUUGGAUCACUGCAGAAGACAGCCUUUGGAUCACUGCAGAAGACAGCCUUUGGAUCACUGCAGAAGCAACACAGUACCGUUUAUAAAGGAUAUUUAAUAGCUGAUGCAGUUAACAGACUGUUGUGACUGCAGAAAGACAUUGAUCUGCGGUCUUCUGAUUGACAGGCAGACACAACCCCUUCAUCUCAGCUUUCCAAAGCCUGUGUUUCACCUGAAAGGAUACUCCCCCAAACUGUGGACGACAAACAGAUGUGAUCAUUUCGCUGCAUUUAUCAAGUUGCAAAGGCACCUCAGGACAGCAAACUGCUUUUAUACAUAAUGUGCUGACAAUGUAGUAGCACUUAAAAAAAAAAAAUGCCAGAAGGACAGUGAUGUUUUCCUCAUGAGGUAUGUAUGUUGCAAUGGAGUAUAGUUAAUAUCACAUACUGUACACCUGUAUCAUAAUGUCUGUCUCUGUAUUGGUGUAAUAUUGAUAAUUGUAUAAAGUCCAUCUCUGUU